CCAAACAACAUUCAUCACCUGCUCGCCGUAGUCACAAUCGCCGCCAUCGUCAGCAUUCUCGCCACCACCGCAACUGCACAAUAGCUGUUGCGUCUUCUUCUUGUGUUGGCGUGUACGACGCGCGGCUGGUUCCUCCUCAGUCUCCUAACAUCUGCCCUUUCAUCCGUAUAGCUUCUCUCCACCAAACCGCGCCAUCGGAUUUUGCGCGCCAUGCCCGCACUCAGCCCUACGCGGCUGUGCGAACCGCCCAGCAUGGCCGCCAACCCGUUUGCGCGUCCCUUACCUUCGCCCAGCAAGCGUAACCCCUUUGCGCGCGCGACCGAGGCCACGAGCUUCACGCGCAAGGGCCUGCUCCCUGCGGCGUCACCAAAGCAAACACAGACAAAGUCACAAUGGCGCAUGCUGUGGCGCGGGGGGUUCGAGAUCGGUCCGGAUGGAUGGCGCCUAGAUGGUGUGACAUUCUUCGCCCUCCUUUCGUUCCCAACCAACCUCCCAACACCGAGCGACAAUCCGUUCGCUCCGCCUACGCCGGGCCCUUCUGAUCCUGCGCUGCCGAGCGACGCUGAUCUUUGCCUUUCUCUCGAAUCCUUGCGUGGGCGCAAAUACCUCGCUGUCCGCGGAAGUACCGAGCUCACCGACGAAGAAGCGCUGGACGGCGAAGAGAUUCAGAUGUCAACCACCUCGCCUCUGUUGGCUGCCUUCCUGACCGGCAUGCUUUGCCGCGAGCCCAGCCUCUCACUGAGCGGGCGUACACGUACUGCAAUCAUUGUGGGACUGGGCGACGGCGCGGACGAGAACGUGCUCAUUUACGGGCAGCGGGUGGCAGAGACGCAGACGCUGAAGCUCUGCGUCGGCAGAAAGAAGCCUCCACCGCCGCCCGAGAAAGUCCGGCCAGGACAGCCACUCCCUCGCGCUCCCCCACUGCUCGAGGUGCGCCGUGGGCUGCCGUUCUCGAGGCGAGCGAUCUCUCGCUCAAGUGUUCAUGUACAUGUCGCCGCGCCCCCACUCCGAGCAAGCUUACCGAUAUCUGGUCGGCUGGGCGAGAAGCGAUCACGCGUUGAGGAAAACCCGCGACGUCGUGCUAGCCUUGUCGGGUCAGAGGCGGACAGCGACGUGUUUGGGAGCACCUUGCAUUCCCGCGCACCCAGUGUGCGCCGAGAGACUAGCCGGGCUCCCUCUGCAGUACCGUCGACUUCCGCCUGUGACGAUCGCCUCAAUAAGCGCGCGCGUGUGCUCGACUCUCAGCAGGUGGUGGACAACAAGGGGUGUAUUCGCAAGUUGACCAUGCACAUGCUGGAGGAACGAGGACAUCCACGCGACGGAGACAUCCACAAGGAAGUAUGGCCUGUCGCAUACAAGGGCGCGUACUUUGCUCUUGUGAGUCAAGUCUGAUGCGCGGCUGACAGCAGCGGAGCAGGCUCGAUAGCAGCCCCCUCGUCAAGGCCGAGGUCCGCGACAUCGUCGGUCGGCACCUCGACAUGUAUCUCCCUGCGAGCGCACCCGCUCCUGGUUUGUCCCAGGAGCCGAGGGCAUCUUCGCGCAGCGUCGGUCACAGUAGAAGCAGCUCCAGCGCGACAGACGCCAGCGACGGCGCUUCGCGUGUCCCGUCCAUGCGCUCGCCAUUCGCGCGCUAAUCCCCUUCGCACAUCGGUCUGGCACGAUCAUUUGUACUUUGUAACACUUUAUCACCACACUUGCAUCCUUGCAUCGCAACCAUUGUACACAACAUACAUGCAGCCCAUGCUCAAUG